ACUUGCUGGAGAAAAUGUCGUCGGCGGUGGAUUCAAACAUCGCUGCUCUGCAGCAAUGCGGAGACAUCUUACGGAUUCAAGAGGAAGCAUGCAACAUAUUGAAGAAUAAACUACAGGCUACAAGAGAGCAUGCGGUACCUCACGAAGAUUUUCAGUCCCUAGAGCAAGAACUUGAGUGUGAGAAGGCUGAUCACCAGCAGACGAGGAGAGAGCUGGAGGGAGAAAGGGAGAGGGCCAGACUUGCAGAGUCUGAGCUCGCCAUUCUCAGAAGACAGCUCAGCAGAGAAAAGACAACGUUUGAGAAUGCGUGAGGAGUUGCUGUAAUCUGUACUGAUUAAAUUUUUACCUUGCAAUAGCUUUGGACUUCUCAAAUUGCAAGCUCUAAGAGAUUCUUCCAAGGCUGAGGAUCUGUUGGCAAAAUGCUCAGUGUUGGAGGCUCUGUGUGCUCAGAAAGAUGAGGAACUUGGCUCCAAGGAGCAGGUGAUAGAGAAGUUGCAGAUUCGACUGAAGGGAGUGGAAGAGAGUUAUCGUCAGGAGAUGAUGGAGGUUCAAGUACAGGCCCAGCAGGAUGCCUACAUCGCCAGCCACCUUCGGCUGCAGGAGGCACGGAAAAGCAGAGGGAAGAAACAGCAGAGAAAAUGCUAGCUACAUCAUGUCCUCAUUAUUAUACGUGCAUUCAGCAAUCAACCG